UCUAGGGGGAUGCACGUUCGAUGAUGGUCCUGGGCCCUGUGACUACCACCAAGACUUGUACGAUGAUUUCGACUGGGUACAUGUCAGUGCUCAAGAGCCUCACUAUUUGCCACCUGAGAUGCCUCAAGGAUCGUAUAUGAUAGUGAUUUCCUCAGAUCAUGACCCUGGAGAAAAGACUAGACUUCAGCUUCCAACAAUGAAGGAAAAUGAUACUCACUGCAUCGAUUUCAGCUACCUUCUGUACAGCAAGAAUGGAGCAAACCCAGGCACUUUGAACAUCCUGGUUAGGGUGAACAAAGGGCCACUGGCUAAUCCCAUCUGGAACGUCACAGGCUCCACUGGCAAAGACUGGCUUCGAGCGGAGUUGGCUGUCAGCACUUUCUGGCCCAACGAGUAUCAGGUAAUAUUUGAAGCCGAAGUCUCAGAUGGGAGAAAGGGCUACAUUGCCAUUGAUGACAUCCAGGUCCUGAGUUACCCUUGUGAUAAAUCUCCACAUUUUUUGAGGUUGGGGGAUGUAGAGGUCAAUGCAGGGCAGAAUGCUACAUUUCAAUGCAUUGCUACAGGGAGAGAUGCAGUGAAUAACAAGUUAUGGCUCCAGAGAAGAAACGGGGAAGAUAUUCCAGUUGCUCAGACUAAAAAUAUCAAUCAUAGAAGAUUUGCUGCUACCUUUAAGUUACAAGAGGUGACAAAAACUGACCAGGAUUUAUAUCGCUGUGUAACUCAAUCAGAGAGAGGUUCUGGAGUGUCAAAUUUUGCUCAACUUAUUGUUCGAGAGCCACCUCGGCCAAUAGCACCCCCGCAGCUGCUGGGCGUUGGGCCUACAUACUUGCUCAUUCAGUUGAAUGCCAACUCCAUCAUCGGGGACGGACCCAUUAUCCUGAAAGAAGUGGAAUACCGAAUGACGUCUGGGACUUGGACCGAAACCCAUGCUGUCAAUGCACCAACAUACAAGCUCUGGCACCUGGACCCUGACACUGAAUAUGAGAUUCGAGUCCUGCUCACCAGACCAGGGGAAGGUGGGACUGGGCAACCAGGACCACCGCUCAUCACCAGGACCAAAUGUGCUGAACCUAUGAGAACACCAAAAACACUGAAGAUUGCUGAGAUCCAGGCCAGGCACAUCGCAGUGGAUUGGGAAUCUCUGGGUUACAACAUCACUCGCUGCCAUACUUUCAAUGUCACUAUCUGCUACCACUACUUCUGUGGACACAAUGAGAGCAAAGCAGACUGCUUGGACAUGGACCCCAAAGCACCCCAGCACGUCGUGGAUCACUUGCCACCCUACACGAAUGUCAGCCUCAAAAUGAUCUUAACCAACCCAGAAGGGAGGAAGGAGAGCGAGGAGACCAUUAUCCAGACAGAUGAAGAUGUACCAGGCCCUAUACCUGCCAAAUCAGUGAAAGGAACUCCUUUUGAAGAUAAGAUCUUCCUCAACUGGAAGGAACCUGUGGAUCCAAAUGGCAUCAUUACUCAGUAUGAGGUCAGCUAUAGCAGUAUACAGUCGUUUGAUCCUGCAGUUCCAGUUGCAGGACCUCCACAAACCGUGUCGAAGCUGUGGAACAGCACACACCACGUCUUCUCACAUUUGCACCCCGGUACUACUUACCAGUUCUUUAUACGUGCAAGCACUGUCAAAGGGUUUGGACCAGCAACUACAAUCAAUGUAACAACCAACAUCUCAGCUCCCACUUUACCGGACUAUGAAGGAGUUGAUGCAUCUCUCAAUGAAACUGCUACUACAAUAACUGUACUCUUGAGACCAGCACAGGCCAAAGGUGCACCUAUCAGUGCCUACCAGAUUGUUGUUGAGGAGCUGCACCCGCACCGAACAAAGCGAGAAACAGGUGCCAUGGAGUGCUACCAAAUCCCUAUCACCUAUCAGACUGCUCUUAGCGGAGGGUCACCAUAUUACUUUGCUGCUCAGCUGCCUCCAGGAAACCUGCCAGAGCCAGCCCCUUUUACCGUGGGUGACAACAGGACUUACCAAGGUUUCUGGAACCCACCAUUGGCUCCUCGGAAAGGCUACAACAUCUAUUUCCAGGCCAUGAGCAGUGUUGAGAAGGAAACCAAAACUCAGUGUGUUCGAAUAGCUACAAAAGCAGCAGCAACAGAAGAACCUGAAGUGAUUCCAGAUCCAGCUAAACAAACAGAUCGGGUGGUGAAAAUAGCAGGAAUAAGUGCUGGAAUUCUGGUAUUCAUCCUACUUCUCCUUGUUGUCAUACUGAUAGUCAAAAAGAGCAAACUUGCAAAGAAGCGCAAGGAUGCCAUGGGAACAACCCGCCAGGAGAUGACCCACAUGGUGAAUGCAAUGGAUAGGAGUUACGCUGACCAGAGCACUCUGCAUGCAGAGGAUCCCCUUUCAAUCACAUUUAUGGACUCACAUAACUUCAGCCCCAGAUUGCCCAAUGAUCCACUUGUGCCGACAGCUGUGUUAGUGCCUAUUACUGAUGAAAAUCACAGUGCUACAGCAGAGUCCAGCCGACUCCUGGAUGUCCCUCGUUACCUCUGCGAAGGCACAGAAUCCCCCUACCAGACUGGGCAGCUGCACCCUGCCAUCAGGGUGGCUGAUCUCCUGCAGCAUAUUAACCUAAUGAAGACCUCUGACAGCUAUGGAUUUAAAGAGGAGUAUGAGAGUUUCUUUGAGGGGCAGUCAGCUUCUUGGGAUGUCGCUAAGAAGGAUCAAAACAGAACAAAGAACCGCUAUGGAAACAUUAUAGCAUAUGACCACUCCAGGGUGAUUUUGCAACCUGUUGAAGAUGAUCCAUCUUCAGAUUACAUUAAUGCCAACUACAUAGAUAUUUGGCUGUACAGGGAUGGAUAUCAGAGACCAAGUCACUACAUUGCAACCCAAGGUCCAGUUCAUGAGACUGUAUAUGACUUUUGGAGAAUGAUAUGGCAGGAGCAAUCUGCUUGUGUUGUGAUGGUCACAAAUUUAGUGGAAGUUGGGAGAGUCAAGUGUUACAAGUACUGGCCUGAUGACACAGAAGUUUAUGGGGACUUCAAAGUGACCUGUGUAGAGAUGGAGCCCCUUGCGGAGUACGUCGUCAGGACAUUCACUUUGGGAAGGAGGGGCUACAAUGAAAUCCGUGAAGUUAAACAGUUUCAUUUCACUGGCUGGCCAGAUCAUGGAGUUCCUUACAAUGCCACAGGCCUGCUUUCCUUUAUACGGAGAGUCAAAUUAUCUAACCCUCCUAGUGCAGGGCCUAUUGUUGUCCAUUGCAGUGCUGGUGCUGGACGGACAGGUUGUUAUAUUGUCAUCGAUAUCAUGUUAGAUAUGGCAGAAAGAGAAGGUGUCGUGGAUAUCUACAACUGUGUCAAAGCUUUACGGUCCCGUCGCAUCAACAUGGUACAGACCGAGGAGCAGUACAUCUUUAUUCAUGAUGCCAUUCUAGAAGCUUGUCUGUGUGGAGAAACUGCCAUUCCUGUCUGUGAAUUCAAAGCUGCUUAUUUUGAUAUGAUUAGAAUUGACUCUCAGACAAACUCUUCGCAUCUCAAAGAUGAGUUUCAGACCCUGAAUUCUGUGACCCCUCGCCUGCAAGCGGAGGACUGCAGCAUAGCCUGCUUGCCAAGGAACCAUGACAAGAACCGCUUCAUGGAUAUGCUGCCACCUGACAGAUGUCUGCCUUUCUUAAUUACUAUUGAUGGGGACAGCAGCAACUACAUCAAUGCAGCUCUUAUGGACAGCUACAGGCAACCAGCAGCUUUUAUUGUCACACAACAUCCUUUACCAAACACUGUGAAAGAUUUCUGGAGAUUAGUGUAUGACUAUGGCUGUACUUCUCUUGUGAUGUUAAAUGAAGUCGACUUAGCACAGGGCUGCCCACAAUACUGGCCCGAGGAAGGGAUACUGCGGUACGGUCCCAUCCAAGUGGAAUGCAUGUCGUGUUCAAUGGACUGCGAUGUCAUAAACCGAAUUUUCAGGAUAUGCAACCUAACAAGACCACAGGAGGGCUAUCUGAUGGUGCAGCAAUUCCAGUAUUUGGGAUGGGCUUCUCACAGAGAUGUACCAGCUUCCAAGAGAUCCUUCUUGAAGUUAAUUCUGCAGGUUGAAAAAUGGCAAGAGGAAUGUGAAGAAGGGGAGGGUCGGACCAUCAUUCAUUGCCUAAAUGGCGGUGGCCGGAGCGGGAUGUUCUGUGCCAUUGGCAUUGUGGUUGAGAUGGUAAAAAGGCAGAAUGUGGUGGACGUUUUCCAUGCUGUGAAGACUUUGCGGAACAGCAAGCCCAACAUGGUAGAAACUCCGGAGCAAUAUCGCUUCUGCUACGAUGUGGCGCUGGAGUACCUGGAAUCCUCUUAGUUGGAAGGGAUAUGGCAAAGUUCACCAAAUACAUGAAUCUCAAUAAGCUGUUUUGACAACAGUUCUUGAUCCUGUGAAGAAAGAUUUUUGGGAAAGAGGGGGGUGGGAGGGAUUUUAAAUUUUAAAUGCAAAGUAUUUUUCUUAUGAAGUUGUGUAUCUUAAUAAAAGAACUCAAUCUGUUUCUAUGCUUGUAUACAGUAUCAACAUUUAGUGCCACAUAAAUACUAUUUAAUGAAAA